GGCCCUCGAGUGCCCGAGGUGCAUGCAGUGUGACACCAAGUUUGACUUUCUCACCAGGAAGCACCACUGCCGCCGCUGCGGGAAGUGCUUCUGCGACAAGUGCUGCGGCCAGAAGGUGGCGCUGCGGCGCAUGUGCUUCGUGGACCCCGUGCGGCAGUGCGCCGGGUGCGCGCCGGUGUCGCGGCGCGAGGCCGACUUCUACGACCGGCAGCUCAAGCUGCUGCUGAGCGGAGCCACCUUCCUCGUGACUUUCGGGAACUCCGAGAAGCCGGACACGAUGGUCUGCCGUCUUUCCAGCAACCAGAGGUUCCUGCUUCUGGACGGGGACGGGGACGAUCACCGCGAGAUAGAGGUGGCGCGCAUCGCCGCCGUGCAGAUGCUCACGGAGGGCCUCCCUCCCGGAGACACUCUCCCUCACACCAGCCUCCCCGCCAGCCGGCCCAUCGCUGAAGGAGGCAACGCGAGGGCCACAGGCAUGACCCUGCAGUACACGGCUCCGGGGGCGGAGGGGCUGGUGCAGCUGACGCUGAUGGCCAGCGAGGACGCCGACGGCAGCAGGAGGCAGGCGACGGCAUGGCUGGCAGCCAUGCACAAGGCGGCCAAGCUCCUCCACGAGUCUCGGGACCAGUAACUCCACACGGGCUGGAUGGUCCGCUCGGGGCAGCAGCACCUGCUCUCGGGCACACAGGCACGACUAACCCUGCAAGUGCUGGAGACGCAGCCAAGCCCGCAGAGCCUGCCUGGUGCACUAUGUACGCCGUCGGUUAACGCCGAGACCAUUCGCGCUUUAGAACCUAUCACUUGUUGAUACCUAACUGCGGGGAGAGGCUGAGCUGCACCACUGCUAAUACUCUGUUGUUACGAGUGCCCACGUUUACUAGAAGGUUCUGGUCCCCUGAUCUUCACUGGUUCUUCCACAGACGUGACCCGGGCAGUGGUCACCUGGCCUGAUUUGUACUGGUGCGCUUCCACACUGCCCGCUCAGCGUGUCACUAACCCAGGGCCACGAGCAAACCUUUGAUACUUCACUGGGGAAGGAGCAUGCUUUAUAUUUUGUACUUUUCACUUACUAUUUCACUUUAACUAUACAACAAUUUGUAUAUAAAGCUUACAAUUAAAACUUAUUUUGAAAGUAA